AUGAAUCAAGAAAAAUUCGAUGAACAGUAUGACCGCCAGUCAGCUGUGGCAGAAAAAGCGAUUACGUGUGAGCAGGUGAAGGAAAAGCUGAAGCCAAUUAGCCUCCUGCACUCAUUCCUCUCAUUUUUCCCGAUCCUGCAAUGGUUACCCAAAUAUCAAUGGCGUAAAGACCUCCCAGGCGACAUUAUUGGUGGCCUAACAGUAGGUAUCAUGCACGUCCCACAAGGAAUGGCCUACGCAAGUUUGGCCAGUCUGCCACCGGUGUAUGGAAUGUAUUCGUCGUUUUUCACAUCAACAAUUUACAUGAUUUUCGGCACAUCAAGGCACGUCUCAAUCGGUGUUUUUGCUGUUGCCAGUAUGAUGGUUGGUGCGUUGAGGUUACGACUUGUACCCGAUCCAGACGUGAUCGUCGAAACCAUCAAUGGUACACGAAUGGAACAGUACAUUCCAGUUCAAGGACCCAUUGAUCUUGGUGCGGGUGUUACACCUGUUGUGUUGACAAGUGCCAUUGCGUUUGGUGUUGGUAUCGCUCAGUUGACAAUGGCCGUUCUCCGACUCGGCUUUCUGACAACAUAUAUGUCAGAUGCGCUCGUCUCUGGUUUCACAACUGGAUCAGCAUUUCACGUCUUCAUUGCGCAACUGAAUAAAGUUAUCGGUGUUAAAUUACCACGUUACGAUGGAUUUGGCAUGCUUUUCCUCGUAAAUUUUCAUAUCAUCUACUUCAUUUCACCCGAUUUUUCUACACUCGAAAACUUCUCUGUGUCUCAUCAUCAACAAUCACAAUUCCUUGUUCAUCUAAUUGUGCAUUCUAAAGUUUUCCACAUAACUGAAAGAAUAUUCUAA